AGUAAAGUAGGAGGGUUUAGGGGAACAGGAAAAAACGGCAGGGUUAGAAAAAAUUUUGAGUUAUUUUGCAUUUCAGAUAUUAAAGGUCAUGAGUUCGUUUUUGAUUAACUCUAACUAUGUGGACCCUAAAUUCCCACCGUGUGAAGAGUACUCUCAGAACAAUUACCUACCAAGUCAUUCUCCGGAUUACUAUACCCGGGCACGGGAGCCCGGGUUCCAGCAUGAGGCGAUGUACCCGCGGCCAGCGUACAGCGACCAGCCCUUCUCCUCUUGUAGCAAGCUCCAAGGCGCGGGCGAUCAAGCCGUGGCGCCAAGGGGUCACGUACAAUCGCAGUCCGGCCUUCAAAACCACUUAGCCAAGCGUGGCCACCAGUGCGCCUCGGUGGCCCCAAGCCCGCCGCCCUCUUGCAGCCAGAACUUCGGCAACCAAAGCACUCCUUGUUCCAAGGAGCCCGUGGUUUAUCCGUGGAUGAAGAAAUUACAUAUAAACUCCGUGAACCCUAAUUACAAAGGAGGGGAACCCAAACGCUCCCGCACUGCUUACACGAGGCAGCAAGUUCUGGAGCUGGAGAAGGAGUUCCAUUUUAAUCGGUACCUAACCCGGAGGCGCAGGGUGGAGAUUGCACAUUCUCUUUGCCUGUCAGAACGGCAGAUAAAAAUAUGGUUCCAAAACAGGCGAAUGAAAUGGAAAAAAGACCAUAAGUUGCCAAAUACCAAAAUCAGGUCUUCGACAGGCUCCUCGUCCUCCGCCACUCAUCAGUCGCAAGGAAGCACUCAGAACCGAGAGCCAAAUGGACCAGCAGCCACGUUAUAGCUGACCUUUUGGGCGAGAGAUUGGUAGAUGCGCGCAGGAGCGUAGGAUGUUAACUGAAGGACUGUUUAUUUAUGAUGUCCAAGACUAGACUGUAAAUACGCCGAUUUUUUUUGCCAACGUUUCUCAUCCCCUACCCUCCUUCUCUGCUGUGGUAGUCUGCAGUCUUCAGUAGAUAUUGGCAAAGAUGAAUCAUUGUUUCAUCUUUAAUCACGCCAAAGUCUUCCCAUUUGUAAUGUUUACUUGGUGGUACAAAGGACGAACUCAAUGCGCACGAUUACCUCGACAGCAAACGAAAACUUUAAUAAAUGAGGCUCCGUUUCAUCAACCUGGGAUGACAACCAGUCUUUUAUUCAAACACACACACACAAACUUUGCAGCAAGAAUCUUCAAGCAGUUCGGCAAGAUAGCCCUUGUGGCUUUUAAGCUCUGAGUCGCUUUCCAAAGGGGUUUACAAAAAAAAAGAGAGAAAUAAUUUGGUUUGAUUUUCCUUUGGAAUAUUACACUGAGAUUUGCUUCAUGUCCUCAAAUGUUGUGAACCCAAAUAUAUUUCAAUCGGUGCCAAUAAAAGUAUGUUAUGUAGUUGGACUUUAAAAGCAAACGUGUAAAAAAAUUCAUGUGGGUAUAAAUUAUGUCAGCAAAAGUUAUUUAAAGUGAUUAUGAAAAAUGUUGCAUGUGACUUGUACAGCCAAGAUACAAUACUCGCCUCUGAUCUCGGUAUUAACAGAAUGUGCUUUCGCGGGCGGGGGCGGGGUGGUGGGGAGGGGAUUAAAAGUGGAAAGUUAGUUAGAUGGACUGUUUAGAUCUUCGUCAUCGCCGUUUUUAACAUUCCAAACUAUGACGUUUUAGUAUCUGCAUCGUUCGGGCCCACAGGAGUUUGUAUCUUAUUUGCAGUCUGUAACCUUCCAUUGCUCUCUAUGUAUCAGCAGACCAAAAUACCUGUAAAUAGUAAUAAUCUAAAUAAAUUUUUUUCAAGGCC